AUGCUUCUCCUCAAAACUUUAAUUCCCGGAAGCGAAAUUGAAUAUAACGUAUGCGAGGAGUACUUAGUAAACGCAACAAGCUAUAACACCUACAUGGCUGUAGUUUACUGUGUAAGGCAGGCGCUUGGUGCAACAAGGAUGUGGCCUGGAAAAAUACGUAUCUAUCGCAGAUUUGAAGCCUUUGCACGUGAUGGCUCAGUUACUAAGCAAAGAUGGAGCGAUACAGAUUUUAUGAUACAUGGAUGGAAACACGCGAAUUUGAAUGGAACUGCUUUUGAAGAAAAUCUUGAACUGAGCCUUUGUGAUCAAGGGCUGCGCGCCUGGGAAUUGGCAUGGAGAAAAGACCUGAAAAUAGAAGUCCACGAACUGCGGUAUGAAAUAUGA